CUCUCUCCUACCCUUGAUCCACUCUUCUCUCUCUCUAGACCUUCACUCUCUCCAUUCCUAUCCUCUCUUCAUAAUGCCACAACAUUCCUCUGCUUCUUCUCUAUUCUGAUCCAAGAAGCAGCACCGUUUUGGCAUAAUCUGAAACAGAGGAUAGGAAUUCAGAGCCAUUAAUCUCAAACAAAAACCCUUCAAAUCUCACCCACAGAUCUACCCUUGAAAUAUGGGGGACGUUAUUUCCGGCAAGAAUCUGAUCCCGGAGAGUUUUCCGGGAGCGUCGGUGGACUUAGCGGCGCAAAUUGGGAUGUUGUGGGACUUAAUUAAAGCCCCAUUGAUUGUCCCAUUGUUGCAGUUAGCUGUCUACAUUUGUUUAGCAAUGACAGUGAUGCUUUUCGUCGAACGCCUUUACAUGGGCAUCGUUAUUAUCCUUGUAAAACUCUUUUGGAAAAAACCCGAAAAGCGAUACAAUUGGGAACCCAUUCGAGAUGAUUUGGAGAUCGGAAACUCUGCUUUUCCUAUGGUUUUGAUCCAAAUUCCUAUGUUUAAUGAGAAAGAGGUGUACAAGAUCUCAAUUGGGGCGGCGUGUAAUCUAUCGUGGCCGUCCGAUCGGCUUGUGAUUCAAGUGUUGGAUGAUUCUACUGACUAUGUUAUUAAGGAUAUGAUUGAGAAAGAAUGCCAAAGGUGGGCAAGCAAAGGGGUAAAUAUAAGGUAUCAAAUUAGAGAAAGCAGAGGAGGUUACAAAGCCGGUGCACUUAAAGAAGGAUUAAAGCAUGAUUAUGUUAAGGAUUGUGAAUAUGUGACCAUAUUUGAUGCCGAUUUUCGGCCAGAGCCCGAUUUUCUCCGCCGAGCCAUCCCGUUCCUUGAGUUCAACCCUCAAAUCGCCCUUGUUCAAGCUCGAUGGCGCUUUGUGAACUCGGAUGAAUGUUUAUUGACAAGAAUGCAAGAAAUGUCACUAGAUUACCAUUUCACAGUGGAGCAAGAAGUAGGAUCAGCUACUCAUGCAUUUUUCGGAUUUAAUGGAACUGGUGGCGUGUGGCGAAUUGCGGCUAUUAAUGAAGCCGGAGGGUGGAAGGACAGGACCACCGUGGAGGACAUGGAUCUUGCGGUUCGCGCAGGUCUCAAGGGAUGGAAAUUCCUCUAUCUUGGUGACCUUCAGGUGAAAAGUGAACUUCCUAGUACAUUCAAAGCCUUUCGUUAUCAGCAACAUAGGUGGUCUUGUGGUCCAGCCAAUCUUUUUAGGAAAAUGGUGAUGGAGAUCGUUAAAAACAAGAAAGUGACAUUGUGGAAGAAGGUGUAUGUGAUUUACAGUUUCUUCUUUGUAAGAAAGAUCAUAGCUCAUAUGGUCACAUUUUUCUUUUUCUGUGUGGUUCUCCCCCUCACUAUUUUGGUCCCUGAAGUCGAAGUUCCGAUAUGGGGCGCCAUUUACAUCCCAUGCAUCAUCACCACCUUAAAUUCAGUCGGAACUCCAAGGUCUAUACAUUUAUUGUUCUACUGGAUUCUUUUUGAGAAUGUGAUGUCCCUGCACCGUACAAAGGCUACAUUCAUUGGUUUACUUGAUGCAAAGAGAUCUAACGAGUGGGUCGUUACUGAGAAGCUAGGAGACGCUCUCAAGAACAACAAAACCGCUGGUAAACCGGCUCCAAAAAAAUUCAAAUUCAAUAUCGGUGACAGAAUUCAUCUUACGGAGCUUGGAUUUGCGGUAUUCCUCUUCUUCACCGGAUGCUAUGACUUCAUGUAUGGAAAGCACAACUACUUCAUAUACAUAUUCCUCCAAACGAUCACAUUCUUGAUUGUCGGGUUCGGGUAUGUGGGCACCAUUGUCCCGAGCUCUUAAACUCCAAAUGCGACCUUAAACUUAGCAAGCAAAACCAUGCAUCUUCCAUCUCAACUUAAUCUCAGUAUAUACAAUGAUUCGUGUGAUUGAAGCGCAUACCGUAGAAGUAGAGAUGGAGAAGAGGAAAAUGCUAAAAGGUUGGUAGUUUUUGGAAGAUUGAUUUUGUGUGUGAAAAUUAAGGAGACAUAAAAGAAAUAGGUUGUUUGUUAGAGGAGCAUAGUAUACAAUUGAGUUGAAGAAGAAAGAUGAUGUUUAUGUUUUAUUGGAUUUUAGGUACUUUUGUUUUAAAUAUUUAUAUGCUGAAUUGGUUUUUUUAGAUUUCUGUUUUUUGUUGAGAGGUAUAAUAUGAUGGCAAUAGGAAGACUAUAGACAUCUAUUGUUUCUGCUCUUAUUUUUUUCCUUUGUUUGGAGUAAUGUAUCUUAGUACAACUUCAUAAUCAUACCACAGAAUUAGACAA